AAUUCUCACAUUAAAUCGUCUUGUUUUUUAUUGUUGGUAAACAUGGUUUAAAAGAAUUUUUUUUUCAUUUCUUAUCAGUCGUAGGAGAACAGUUACAUAUCCUUCUGUGGUCACAUGCUUUUGAUGAACUUGCAAAUCUCUAAUAGAAUACUAUCAUGUAUCGUUUGUGACGGUUCUCAUUUAAUAUUUCGUCAAUGUACGUCGUUAUUCAAUAUUCAUUUUACGUCUACCAGCUAUAGUUUAUACUCGUCAUUGUUUGAAAUAUUCAUAUACUCCGUAGAUUAUCUUACUACGUCACGAUGGAAUUACUGCAUUUGGCACCUAAUACUUUAGAUUUCCAUUGUCCAUUCAACCCAUCACAUUCAAUGCCACAGAAGACACUAAUAAAGCAUUUAAUAAGGUGCCCUGAUAGACCUCCUCAUUUUAGAAAUUGUGUUUAUAAUAUAUCACAUGUUAUGCCGGAAUCUGAAUUGAAGGAUCAUGAAGAAAAUUGCCCAAAUAGAAUUUUAUUUGAUUCAAUUUUAUAUGAAUCUGAAGAUAUUGUACGUCCAACUCCUGUUAUAAAAAAUGUACCUACUUUGGAGUAUGAAGAAUCUUGGGAUGGUCUUGAGCAAACUUCUGAUGUAUUGAAAAAUAUAAAUAAAAAAACAAUAUCAAUGAAAGCAAAACAUGGUUCUACAAAAUCAGAACGUAAAAAAUAUCGUACCAAUUUACAUGAACAAGAUAUUAAUAAUUAUAAUCAAGAAAGUGAAAUCAAAGAAAAGAAUCUGACACAAGACAUAAUAAAACCUUUAUUUAUUGGAAAACGACCUAAUGUUUCUAAGCACUAAAUCAUUUGUUUUUGGUUUUAUAUAAUUAAACUUUAUUUAGAAGUAUUUUUUGCUCUUAUUAAUGUAGUGUAAUAAAACAUGUACAAUCUGCCUUGACUUUCAACAUUAGGAUAAUGCAUUGUCAAAUUUCAUUAAAA